AAGGUUACACAAAGAAACCUUUACUUGGGGGGCGGGGUGAGAAAGAAAGAAAGAAAAGAAUAACAAAACAAAUCAGCUUCCUGUCUCCAUUGGUGAACAGCUGCUGGUUUGGUGGCCCCUGGUCAGUUUGGUGCCUGCCUUUUAUUGUAGUUGUGAACACUGUUCGGAAGUGCUCUUUAUACUUGGAUGACACCUUUUUAUACUUGUUCUGCAGGCUGCCACUUAAUGUUCUGUAGUAGAGGACUUGCUAGAACACCCUUCCCUGGUUGCCUGGCUAUGCUGCAGGGUGUGAGCUGGUGAGAGGAACAUGGGGACCUCCCAUAGAAGAUCCCUUGGCAUGAGAGUGGAGGGGUAGGACUGUGAUAUUACUGAAAAGCAGCAGGCACACUGAGAGCCAGGAAAUAAAGGAAAUGAGGAUCUUUUAUCAUGGGAUUGCCUCCAACCUGCCUAGUCUUGCCAUCACAGGCAUGUGCAGACUGUAAAAAAAAAAGUGGUGUAUGUUGGGUGUGGGUGUUCAUUCGGGUCCAUGUAGUCAAGAGACAGAGGCACCUCAAGGAUGAGCUUAGCCUUUCCCAGCUGCAGGGAGGGUUCUGUCUCUAAGGACUGGUCCACUGUACCUUAACAAAGGGCCCUUUUAUUUUUUUAUUUAUUUGUUUGUUUAUUUUUGUUUUAUUGAGACAGGGUUUCUCUGUGUAGUUUUGGUGCCUGUCCUGGAUCUCACUCUGUAGCCCAGGCUGGCCUCAAACUCACAGAUAUCCCCCUGGCUCUGCCUCCCAAGUGAUGGGAUCAAAGGCGUGUGCCAACCACCGCCCAUCUCCAAAGGGCCCUUUUAUUGUUCUCCAAUUUACACCCUUUACCAAGUUAAUCUUCGUGCCCCAAAACCUCUAGUCUAAGCUUCCCAAAGGGACAAUGCCAAAUGCAAAUUCUCUGCAUAUUCGGUAUUCUGGGUUCUUCCUCAAAUUAAUUUGCAUAGGCUUUGUACCUUCAGAAAAUUCUCAAACAAGAUGCUCAUAGAGGGUACUGGGAGACAAAAGGUAGGUAGCAGUCACAAAAGACAGAUUAAAGCUAGGUGCUAACACUCCAGAAUCGAACCAGCCCUAGCUCUGUGGGAAUUCUCCCAACACAAAGAGAGCAGGGUCCAGCGCCUUGCAGCAGCAGCAGCAGCAGCAGCAGCAGCAGCAGCAGCAGCAGCAGAGAGACCACCUAGUAUGCUCAGAACUCCUCAUUUCUCAAGCAGAACUGGCACUGUUCUUGGCCAGUGGAACUGGGAUCUUUGAGGAAUUUUCUUAGGGCAAUUUUUACACCUUGAUUGUGACCCUGCUGAGACAAAGGAGCAGCCUCAGGUGUUUUGUUGGGGCAGCAGCAAACUUACUGUUUGCAAACCCUUUUCCUCAGUCAUUUCUAAUGGAAGAGUGAAUGGCACAGGAUGUGUUCACCUUGGUGGCUAGAGGCUGGUCACACGGUCAGGGUCCUCCCAGGAGGGAAAUGCCUGGCAUUGGGAAGAUCAGAGUCUGACCCAUCCACCCCCACUUUGGAUGCUGCUUUUUUUUUUCUGGAAUCUGGUGGUCCCGUGCUCCUUUGCCCGAACUGUAGGAAGUCCAGACUGGGUGCUUGGCUGCUGUUAUAAGCAGUGCAAUGAGAGACUCCUGAUGAAAUAGGAUAGGGGAUAGGGCUUGAGAGCUGAUGGGUGUCCUGGCAUGUAUCGAUGCGAGCACACGAAGUUCGUCAGUUUAUAGUUGGUGGUGUAAGGAGUCUACUUCCCCAUCCCCACCCCAACAUGGGUCAAAGUGCUCAAUAGUUGUCAUCCUGAUGAGUAAACAUGCCAGUCACCUGGGUUUUCCCUGAUUUCUAGUAUGGCUGGGUAUUGGUUCCAAUUAUCUACUGCUACAAAAAGGUCAGAUAACAAACCACCCUUAAACCAAACAGCUAAAGCAACCAGUUAUUACUCAUACAUCGAGGAUGAAGAAUUUGAAUAGCUCUGUGCCAUUCACUGUAGGGGUCCUGAUGGCACUGUGGGAGCAUCUGGACUAAGCUGAGACCUCCAUACUUCUUUUUAAUGUAUUUAAUGUAUGUAUGGGACCCAUCAUCCUUAGGGAGAUGUACCCUUGGUGAAGUAUCUUGGUCCCCCAGCAGAUUUUUGAGCCUCCUCUUACCCCUAUCAUCUCAAGAACUAUUUGCUGGCCUAUAGAUGCCCCUAGUGUUCUGAUUCCAGGGUGGGAAUCGUUGGUGGUUUGACUUCAGAGGCCCGAGUCAGAAGUGUGGAUUUCAGGCCAAGUGGGAGGUUAGAGUGAUGAGGUUGGGCUGACAGGGAGGGUGAGGGACAGCCAGUCAUUGGCACUUCCAAGGGGCAGAGAGGUACAGCAGGAAUGCAGGACGGCCUCAAGAGUGGGAACAGGUGAGGAAGUGCAUUGUGGAUAGCUGCAUGAGUUGAGGAUGAGCCAAGAUUUAUAGGAGGAAGCUAAGUGGUCUGGUGGUAACGAGCAGGAUGCCUGGACCAUGACAGAGGGAGACUGAGGCAGGUGUAGUCAACUCCUAGGUACUUGGAUAUCUUUGUUCCUCCUGCUUGGUGGCUUUGUCACAGUGAUGAAAGCCUGAAUAGUCUUACCUUCCCGUGACCCUGUCAAGUAAGUCUGGAAACAGUGCUGAAACUGUGACCCAACCCUACAGGGAGACGGGUGUCACUUCAGGGGGCCUCUCAUUGGCUCUCACCUACCACCUCGCCUGAGCCGUCUCCCUUGUGAUCAGUGUCAACUGUAUCUCCUCAUUCACCUAUGGCUCCCUGGUCACAGUGGGCCCAGGAUGUGUCUGUUAGAGGAAUUUGAACUCUGUCUCUAGUGGUUCCGUGCUGGGUACUCCCACUGGUGGGGGGUGGGGGGGGACCAGCUACCUCAAGGUGUAGAAAGUUAGCCUCCCGGGCACUGUUGCCCAGGAAGUCAGUCUGGGCUCGCCUUCCAGUACUAGAUGGCUGACUGGCUCAGACAGGUUUGACUGCAUUCCUGCAGGGAGAGGGCUGGCAUUAGCUUUCUUGAGACUGAAGGGGCGGCUCCUGGCCUAACUGAUUUGCAUCAUGGAAAACAGAGUACCUUGGGUUUUUAUAGGUCUGGCUAGAGGCUGAAGGAACCAAUUUGGGGGUAGUAGCCCAGGGGUUAUCUAGGGGAUUAUUGGCCUCCCACUGUGUCUGUGGGACAGAUGAAACACUGCCCAUCAGUUUCUUUGCCAGCCUGGUUCCCUGGGAGAACACCAGUACUGGGGAUGGCCAGGAGAUAGUCUUGGGAAGAUGACAGGCUGCUUGCAUCGUGGCCUUCCCAGCUAUCCGGGUGACCUGCAUGGGUUCCUGUGGGGUCUCCAACAAGGCCAACGAUGGGGCAUGGGUGGUGGAGGAGAGCUACUUCAACAGCUCCCUGUCACUGGCUGACAAGGGAAGUCUGCCGGCUGGAGAGCACAACUUCCCCUUUCAGUUCCUGCUUCCUGCCACGGCACCCACUUCUUUUGAGGGACCCUUUGGGAAGAUUGUGCACCAGGUGAGGGCCUCCAUCGACACUCCACGUUUUUCCAAGGAUCACAAAUGUAGCCUCGUGUUCUACAUCCUGAGCCCCUUGAACCUGAACAGCAUCCCAGAUAUUGAGCAACCCAACGUGGCCUCCACUACCAAGAAGUUCUCCUACAAGCUGGUGAAGACGGGCAAUGUGGUUCUCACAGCUAGCACUGACCUUCGUGGCUAUGUGGUGGGACAGGUGCUUCGGCUGCAGGCUGACAUUGAGAACCAGUCAGGCAAGGACACCAGCCCUGUGGUGGCCAGCUUGCUACAGAAGGUAUCCUAUAAGGCCAAGCGCUGGAUCUACGAUGUGCGAACCAUUGCGGAGGUGGAGGGUACGGGUGUCAAGGCCUGGAGGCGUGCUCAGUGGCAAGAACAGAUCCUGGUGCCUGCCCUGCCCCAGUCAGCCCUGCCUGGCUGCAGCCUUAUCCACAUCGACUAUUACCUGCAGGUUUGGUGUUGUCCGGGGCUGGGUGGCCUGAGGCUAGGCGCCCUUGGCCUGACUCCUCAAUGCCUGCAUUCUUUCCAGGUCUCCAUGAAGGCACCCGAAGCCACUGUGACUCUCCCACUCUUUGUUGGCAAUAUUGCUGUGAACCAGACCCCACUGAGCCCCUGUGUAGGCCCAGGGUCCUCUCCUGGGGCCCUGUCCCCAGUGGUGCCCUCUGCACCCCCCCAGGAAGAGGCCGAGGCAGUGGCCGGUGGCCCCCACUUAUCAGACCCAGUCUCCCUCUCUACCAAGAUCCAUUCUCAGCGGCAGCAGCCACCGCCCACUCCGCUGGGUCCCGUGCCCGUCCCCACCGGUGAUCCCUGUGUUCAGGUUGGAAGCCCUGCCAGCCAUUCCCUGCACCCUCCCCUGUGCAUCUCGAUCGGUGCCACCGUCCCCUACUUUGCAGAAGGCUCCGGGGGCCCAGUGCCCACCACCAGCGCCUUGAUCCUCCCCCCAGAGUACAGCUCAUGGGGCUACCCCUACGAGGCUCCACCGUCCUAUGAACAGAGCUGUGGUGCCAGUACAGACCCUGGCCUGAUCCCAGGGAGCUGACCCUGGUGAGCUCACCCCAUGCCGCCUUCUUCGGUGGGCCUGGCCUUUGCCCUGGGAUGAGGCACCCAGGGCCUCGUGCCUUUGCUCUCUACCUGGCCCAGCUACUCAGGACCUGCAGCCGUCGGGAUGACCUCUGAUGGACCAGCCUCUCCGGGCUCCUCUGGAACUAAUCAGUCCUCUUCUCCGGAGGUUGGGAUAGGGCGGCAGGGGAUCUGGGACCUGGAGAGACUAUAAAUAAACAAAGCAUUUUAUUUGUA